AUGGAAGCCUUUCUAGCAAGACACUUCGAGCGCAAGGCGAUGGCGGAUGUCAACUUGCUGGUGAGACAGAAGUCGAUGAGAGAGAUGCUUGUCGAUGAGCAGCAAAUCGCUGCCGCUGCAGCAGCAGCAGCAGCUGCUGCUGCUGCAGGAAAAGACAGGCCCGAGCGAAGGUUCUUGUUCGCGUCAGCGAAGCGGAUGAAGGACGUCCCUGACUAUGACAAGAACACGACGGUGCUUCGCUCUGAGAGUGGCGUCCUGGAUCUCAACCAUCUGGUAGACUCCAACCAGCUUGAGGAGCAGCGGAAGGCGGGAGAGACAGGGUUCCGCUUCCUCGACUACAACAACCUGGAGGUGCUCGAAACGGUCCUGCAUGAGAGGGACGGCAUAGUGGAGGGCAUUCGCCGCCAUAUCGACGUUAAGAAUGAGCGAGAUAGCAAGAGGGACAUCAUCUGGAUCAGGCCCAGAGACGCCGAACAACAUCACACCAAGACAAGGAUAAGGAAGGAGAGUGUCCGGUGCGACCUGCUGGAAAACGGCAAAUGGACGACCGGAGAGCUUAAAGACGGGAGCACAAAGUCGUACAGAUUCGUCCUCAAGGCAGAGGUGAUGGAGGACGGGCCCCCAGCCCUGAGGAUCGAAGUGACAGGUCAGACAGAGAAGGACGAUCCUGACAUCGUGGUCUCGACCUAUGAGAUUCCAAAGCAGAACAGUUUCCAGUGGAGAAGCAUGGGAUCAGGAGAAGAUUUCAUAGAGAUCGUUCCGUCGGACUCCCAGUAUCGUCUUGGAACCUACUACAUCACAGUCUGCGCGUGCACCCCCGACUGCAAAUAUAAGAUCAGAGUUGCCUCUGGCAACUUUGACAGGGAGGCGAACCUGAUCAGAAGGCUGGCGAUCUUUGACGCAACAUAUCAAGGCAUCAAGUCUUUCAUAUCCUCUGCCAACGAAAGGCGGGUUGCUUCUCGUGGAGGAAUUUCGUGGCGUCAGUACAUGAGGAGCACUUCCGCCAUGCUCCGUCCCGCCAGCGCCAUGUCGCGCUCCUCCUCCCUCCCUCCUCCGCCCCUCCGCCCCUUCAGCAGCCUCGAGCUCCAUGACAAGGAGGGAGAGGAGGAGAGGACGGGAGAGUGGCUGAGGGAGGAGGCGGAGCUGGCGGAGGAGGGGAGCACGGACGUCGAGGGGAGGAUGGAGAUAGUCCAGGAGCUUCGGACUCAGUCCAGGCCGAGCUCGUCGCUGCAGCGGAAGAUGUCGGUGGAGAGUUUGGAUCUCAAUUCCUCGAAGACAAGAAGAGGAGGAGGUUCGGGCGACCUGUCUCGCAGACUGUCCGUGGGGAGAAGCGAGGAGAAGAUUGAUGCGGCUAGAGGACGUCCGGUUUCGCCCUACAAGGAAGUGGCUCAGAACGUCCUCUCCUUGUCAAGAUCCUCGCGGGAAGAGUCGCCGCUAGGACGACAAGGAGCGUUGAGGAAGAUGCAGGAAGCCUUCAAGACUGUCGACGAGGUCACGAUUCUUAUGCUCAGCAACCCUCCUCCCAUCCCUCCCCGAUGCGACUACGAUCUCUACAACGACGAGAAGUCCGGCGGGGACGUGUCAAAGAAGUACAGCAAGAUCAAGUCUGCCUCACAGAUGAAGAAAAUCCUCGAGAAGGCCAAGGAGUCUCUUCCUACCGUCAACGCCCCUGACUAUCGGUGA